AGCCGGCGAGCUCGAGCGCGCAGGAGGAGGCUUCGCAACCGAUUUAAAAUAUAUUAUAAAGGAAAAAGGGGGAUAAAAUGAGGCAAAAGAUCUUCUUCAGAUGAGACGAAGUGGACAAUGGGCGACUUCCUUCACGAAACAAUUAAUAUAUAUCAUAUAAAACUGCCAAGAGUUUAAUUGGAGCCCUCAGUGAAGGUUCUUUUAUUCCGCCUGGUUGAAGGGGGGGGUGUGUCUAAAUUUGGGGAUAAAAUCUUUUUUUUAUGUUCAUUUUCCUUGCUUUAAGUAUCUGUGAGCAGAGCAUUUGUUGGAAGAGAGAGGGGGAAAAAAACCUGGCAAGGGGCUUAAGAAGAAUAGGAGGGAGGACUACCAUGGUUGAAUAGCCCAGAGGGGCUUUAUUCCAGAGUGUGAGGAGGAGGGGAGGGGAGGGGGUGGUUAAAACUUUUACCGUCCUUUCAACCCCAAGGAAUUUCCAACCUGCAGCCCAUAUUUUGCUUUUAAUCAUGGAUACAGGCAAGGGUGGCUCCUCCUUGCUGGUCCAAGGCUGGUUGGGCAUUUGCUCCAUGUCCUCUCCUUUAAGAGCUUGGCGUCCAGUGGCUGGCUGUCCUCCACUUGAGAAUUGAAGAGGUGGGGUGCGCGAGGGACCGUCCGCGCGUCAUGUCCUAAGCUGAGGGACACGCUGAAGAUUGGUUGAUCCGAAGAGAAGGGAGGGUUUUGGACAUUGCGGGAGCACAGGAAGCUCCCGGUACGAGAUGGCUACCGACCCAGGCGAGCCAGCAGGCCCCGGGGACUCCAGCAAACCAGGCGUCGUGUCCUCCGGCCAGGGCCCCGCCAGCAGCGAGCCCAACCCCGCUGCCGGGAAGGGCGGUGGCCCCCCGCCCCUCACCGAGAACCACCGGUUCGUGCGGCGGAGCAUGGAGCUGGUGGAGCGGGAAGGUCCUGCCCGACCGCCUGCCUGUGCCGGCACCCUGGAGGGCAAGAGUGACACGGCGGCAGCGCCCAGAGCCGCGGCUGACGGCGCCAAAGACUCGUCCAAGGACAGGACCGAGAAGGAGAACGAGGAGGAGGCCGAAAUGAAGGCUGUAGCCACCUCCCCAGGAGGCCGCUUCCUGAAGUUUGACAUUGAGCUCGGGCGCGGAGCCUUUAAGACCGUGUACAAAGGGCUGGAUACCGAGACUUGGGUGGAAGUUGCUUGGUGUGAACUGCAGGACAGAAAACUCACCAAAGCAGAGCAGCAGAGGUUCAAGGAGGAGGCGGAGAUGUUGAAGGGCCUGCAGCACCCGAACAUCGUGCGCUUUUAUGACUCGUGGGAGUCGACGCUGAAGGGGAAGAAGUGCAUUGUGCUGGUAACGGAGCUGAUGACGUCAGGGACCCUAAAAACAUACUUGAAAAGGUUCAAGGUGAUGAAACCCAAGGUCCUGCGCAGUUGGUGCAGGCAGAUCCUAAAGGGCUUGCAGUUCCUGCACACUCGCACCCCGCCGAUCGUCCACCGCGAUCUGAAAUGCGACAACAUCUUCAUCACAGGACCCACUGGAUCCGUCAAAAUUGGAGACCUGGGACUGGCCACGUUGAUGCGCACAUCAUUUGCUAAGAGUGUAAUAGGAACGCCUGAGUUCAUGGCUCCAGAGAUGUACGAAGAACAUUAUGAUGAAUCCGUUGACGUUUACGCCUUUGGAAUGUGCAUGCUGGAGAUGGCUACCUCAGAAUACCCCUACUCAGAGUGUCAGAAUGCCGCCCAGAUAUACCGCAAAGUGACCAGUGGCAUUAAACCGGCAAGCUUCAAUAAGGUGAGCGAUCCCGAGAUCAAGGAAAUUAUUGAAGGCUGCAUCCGGCAGAACAAAACGGAAAGGUUGGCCAUAAAGGACCUCCUGAGCUACGCAUUCUUCGCAGAGGACACGGGCCUGCGGAUCGAACUGGCCAAAGAGGACAGCAGGCAGGACUCCUCGCUCGCUCUCCGCAUCUGGGUGGAGGACCCCAAGAAGCUGAAAGGGAAGCACAAGGACAACGAGGCGCUGGAGUUCAGCUUCGACUUGGAGCAUGACACCCCUGAGGAAGUGGCACAAGAAAUGGUCAGAUCUGGGUUCUUCCAUGAGAAUGACUCCAAGCUGCUGUCCAAGUCCAUCCGAGACCGGGUGUCGUUCAUCAAGCGGAAGCGGCAGAGGACUCAGCAGAUCCGAGAGAUCGAGGAGCAGGAGAAGCUGCGCUCACAGGCAGAGCAGCCGCAGCCCCCUCCCGCCACGGGCUGGCAGCAGAACCCGGCCGAGUCCGAGGAUCCGGAGGUCGACCAGCAUGUGCUGCAGAACAAGCUGCUGACGGCUGCCGCCGUCUCGUUCGACAGCGUCUCGGACAGCAGCCUGGCCUCCACCGCGUGUUCCGAGUCCCAGGGUGGUGCGGGCUUCGCCGUCGCCCCUGAGCCGAGCCCAUGUGCGGCGCAGGUUUCCUCGGGCUCCAGCGUGGAGUCACACCACCCCUCGGCGGGGCUCCAUCAGCCGCAGCAGCAGCAAGCUGUGGCCGGCUACCCGCAGUCGGUCGGGCCUCCGUCCCACCCAAUGGUUCCAGAUUCCCAGCGGCCAGUGAGACAGACGCAAGACAACCUGAGUGGGACUCCUGACCCAGUUAAAGAAGCCCCCAACGGCAGUGACCUUGGGAACGGAAAGCUGGAGAAGCCGCAGAAGUCUCAACUGAGGCGGCCGUCCUGCGCGCGAGAAAGGCCAGAUAAGUCGACCAAGUUCCAGCUGACUGUCCUGCAGGUUUCCAGCGCGGGUGACAACAUGGUGGAGUGCCAGCUGGAGACGCACAAUAACAAGAUGGUCACCUUCAAGUUUGAUGUGGACGGGGACGACCCCGAAGACAUAGCCGUCUACAUGGUGGAAAACAAUUUCAUGCUGGAGGGUCAGAAGCUGAAAUUUAUCGAAGAGAUGAGAGCCAUCAUUGCCGAUUCCUUGGAGAUCCUACGAAAUCUGUCUGAGGCCGAUCGGGGGACAGAUGUCGCUCCUCAUCACCCCCUGGCGGGCACUGGGCAGCCUGACCACAGCUUGCACAUAGGUGCAGAGCAGUUACAGAUGAACCAAGCACUCUCGCAGACAUGUGAGGCUGGCCAGCACUCCUCGUCUGUGGGACGCUGGAGAUUCUUCAUCAAUCAGAAGGUCAAGACCCACGAGGCGGAGAUUCAGAGUGACCACCAGCUCUGCUCCGAGUCCGUCUCGCCUCUUGUGCCCCGCACGGACACAGAAAACAAAAGCCAAGAGGCCGUCCACCUGACGACGUCGAACUCCCUGGAAGAUGUGAAGCAGCUCCCGCUGGACUGCUCCCUCGCUGUGCCUGACGUCUGUGGGGCGCUCCCCAGCACCCUGACACUCUCCAGUAGCAGCAGCAGCUCCUCCUCCUCCUCAUCCUCGUCCUCCUGCAGUGACGACUGCCCCCAGCGACUCCCCGAUCGGGGGCAGGCCUCGGUGCCCGAGGGCACCCCCUCCGAGGGGGCGGAGGGGCAGGUGACUGGGGCGCCCUCCCCCAGCCUCCAGCAGCUGGGCACCCAGCCCUCCUCUGUGCCCGAGUCGGACAGCGAGGGACCCCCAAAGGUCGACUACGCCGACAACCGCAUCAAGAAGCUGGAUGAGAGGCUGCGCACCCUGCUCUACCAGGAGCACGGCGGGCAGCCCGGUGUGGCUGACGCCGCCGUCCGGGAGACGACUGUCCCGGGCACAGAGUCCCCAGUCUCCGGGGAGAUGGCCGUGGCUCCCUGCCCUGCCGGGGAGGAGGCUUCCCCGCCGGACCCGGCCACGCCCCCGGCUUCCGAGCCCGCUAUGUCUCCGGAGCACUGCCUGGUGUCGCCGGCCAGCGCCUGCCUGUCUGCCGGUCCAGCGGAGCCACCCCUGCAGCAGCCAGAGAAGAGCACCUCUGAUCCUUCGGAGCCCGGGACGCAAGCGUCACUGCUGCAGGUGGGAGUCACUCCGGGCCAGACUGGAGCUGGUGACAGUCAGACCAACCUCGGAGGCAAGGAGCCCUCUCAGCCGGAGCAGGGCAGCCCCCUCGGCGGCUUCCUGGACGACCCGUCCCCUGUGCGCUCGCAGGCUGGGCGAUUUCGGAUCUCUGCAUCCUCCCCCCAUCCUGAAGGAGCUGUUCUGCCUGCCGAGCAGGAGCCCCCUGGCGAGGAACAGGCGACCCCCGACCCGAAGGAAGACCCUGCCCGCUCCCUGGUGGACACCCCCGACAAGGGACCCCCUCCCCCGCGGUCCGAAUCCACCCCCCGGAGCCGACAUGGGCGCCGGCCCCAGGACGGUGUCUCUGAGGUGCCCGAUGGCAUCUUCCUGCCACUGGCCUGGUACGAGGAGGAGACACCCGCCGGUGCCGGCUCCCCCUUCUGCCAGCAGCCCAGCACCGAUGGCGAGCAGGCCGAGAGGACCCCCCCUGGCGAGGGUGGGCAGUGUUGCCCCCGCACCGUCCCCCCAGCCCUCUGCAACUCGCCCUCCUCCCCCAUGAGCAGCGACGACGAGUCGGAAGUGGAGGACGAGGAUCUGAAGCGGGAGCUGCAGAGGCUCAGGGAGAAGCACAUUAAGGAGGUGGUGCACCUCCAGGCCCAGCAGAAGCAGGAGCUGCAGGAGCUGUACCAGCGCCUCCAGGUGUGCAGCGAGUCAUCCGAGGAGUCCUUCCAGGCCUGCUCCCCGCCGGGAAGGCGUCCGAGGUCGGCCAAAGGCAAAUCCAGGGGCCCCAAGCCUCUCUCUCUGAGCACCACCCCCACCAACACAGGGUCUUCCUGCUGCGCGGAGUCCCCCGGCUCCCAGCUGGCGGCAGGAGCCAAGAAGGGGACCUUCACGGACGACCUGCACAAGCUGGUGGACAACUGGGCCAAGGAGAAGACUGGAGCCACGAGCCUGAAGCCCAGCCUGAACGAGAUCAAGCAGAUUCAGUGCAGGCAGGACCUGGAGAGCUGGCAGCAACUCGGUGAUCAUUCCCGUAACGUCGCCAGUUGGAUCCCGCCGCCGGGCCAGCCCUCGCAGGGGGCGCCCCCAUGGAGCUCGUUCCCGGCCGCCUCAGGCGGGGCAACACCGCCCCAAGUCCCCGGCCAGCCCCCACUCCCCGGCACCCCGCUGCAGGGUCCCCCCGCCGCCCAGUCCCGGCCCAAGUAACUCUGCUCCGGGAGGGGCCUUCGGACGACAGCCAACAAGUGGGUAGUGCGCCCCCCCUCCCCCCACACGCACCCACCCCCUCCGUCGAUUUGGAGGUUUCCGGGAGCUACUGCUCCCAAGACCUCCCUGGGCGUGAGGGGCUGUUUCAUCGGGGGCUCCACACCCCCUCC